AUGAGGAGGAAGAAGAGACAGAGGAUAAGAGUGGGGAAGUUGACGCUGUUGCCCACCACGAAAAAAGAGAAAUAUCAGAGUCACAGGAGGCAGAGGCAAGGAAGAAGAAAGUGGUGGACAACACAGAGUGUAACGGUUGAGGUUAAGGAUGAGGUCAAUGAUGGUAGUAGGGAACAGAUAGAACAGCUCCAAGAGGAUGGGACCGGUGACGAUCGCGGAGGACUGCAGGGACAGGUGGAGGAGUCGGAGGUUCAGAGAGUGAAUGAGGUAAGACGUAGUGAAACUCCGUCAUCGAUGGGCUCGAUGGGCGCGAUGAAUAUUGAUAGUCUUGAAAAGUGGAUGAGGGAUUGGGAAGAGAGGCAGAAAGGAGAAUGGGAAACCAGAAUGGCGGACUUGGAACACCUGAUCAGGGAGGAGGCAAGAAAAGGAAUUAGGAAGGCCAAAUGCGAGAGCUGUGAUAGGAGGGAAGUAGAGAAGGAAACAAUGACCUGGAGGGAAGAACAAUUCAGGGAGAUGCAGGAAAGAGUGAGGCAAGCGGAGGAAGAGAUAGAAAACCUGGCUGGGCAAGUAAGGGAAUGCAAGGGGAUGGCGGACUCGUGGAGGCUGAAAGCGGAGGACCUUGAGCAGACAAACAGGAGAAUACGAAGAGAGGAUAGGGAUGAAAGAGUGGAGAGGCAUCCAACCCAAGUAGCCCCUGGAAUGGCGCCUGGAAGUUCCCUAGAGGGGAGGAUUCACCGGGACAUAGAGCAGAAAGGUUUUCAGACUGAUGGAGAAGGUGGAGGAAGUUCUGAAGGGGAGGAGGAGGAGUAUGACUGGGCACAGGACGAUGCAGGGUACUGGGAGGAUGAGUACGAGGACGAGGAAGUUAGGAACGAAAGGGAGGCGGAAGUCCAAAAUUGGGUAGCUGAGGACCGGGAUGCGGAAGAAAGGGAGAGAGAGGAGGCAGCAAAGUACUAUAAUCCUCCACCGAGAGCACUGGAAGAGGAGGAAUGGCAGGCUGAGACAGAAGCAAAAAGGGCAAAAAGAAGGAACUUCAUUAUUGAGGGGCUGACGCUCAUCACGAGGACAAAGAGGUUGGAGCUGGAAAGCUGGUUCUAUGAGGCAUUUGGAGUGAGAACAAGGAUAGAAAUGAUGGACAGAAGGGAAGGGGGAGGAUGGUUAGUAAGAGUGGAGGAGCUGGACCACAAGAAGAGGAUAAUGCUGGGUAGGGCAGAGUUGAGACGAAAGAGAUGGGGGUGUACAUCUAUGAUGAUCUAA